AUGAAUAAAAUAAAAAUAUAUUUUUACUUUCUCGAUGACUGUGGCUCUGCAGUAAGCAAUUUCCUCACUUUUUUAUCGAUCACUUUUUAUCUAGCAGAGCUCCUCGGCUGCAAAAAGGAGGAUCCUUGGGCCCUUGUUCGAAAGUUAGAGGCCCAGCUUGCUCAGGAAAAGUUCUUCCAUGAAAAGACAAAGACUGAUCAUCAAUAUGAAGUCAAGGUGAAUCACGUUUGUUUAAAAACACAGUUGCUUUUCAGUUCUAUUCUUGAAGCCUGCGAGAGCUGCAGUACGUUUUAAAAGGCAGGUGCGGUCCACCUUUUGCUUGUUUAGUAGAUAUAUUUAUAAUUAAAUUUCCACGCUGGAACCCCGCACAAAUGAGUGGAUAACCUGGCACGCCUUUCAUUUUUUCUCCCAGUUUGAUCGUCAUUCUCAAACUUGUUCUCAUUGUUUUCAUGCAGCCAAAAAGCUACUGCAUUAGUCUUAAGGGGCACUGCACUAAGCCAUGUUACUGAAAGGAGUUAUCUUCCCAAGGGCCCAUACUUGUCAUGUCCGUUUUCAAGGAGCGCUAAGAUGAACAUCUAGGAUGACAAGAACUGCGUCAAACAUUAUUUUGUUAUUUUUGUUGUUGCCUAUAACAGACUCUGCAAGCAAAAGUAAAAAACUUGGAAAAGCAAAGGAAGAUUUUCCUGGAAAAGCUGGAGCAGAAUCCAAUUGAACAGCAAAACAAACUUGAAAAGGAACUGAAUGAUACUAGCAGACAGCUGAGAGAAAUCACACAGAAACUUGUGGUGAGUAUGCAAACUUGACUGUCUUGAAUUGGUUGAAAGUCAUUUUGAUUCAGUAGCACAAACAGUAUUGCAUUUGGCUGGUAGUCGGCGCUGGCACAACUUGAUUAAGACUUAAAAGCUGAGUUCAAUUGAUGUGCUAAUCAACUCAGCAAAGAAGCACAACAAAUUAAAUAGAACGCUAUAAUAGGCUCUUAUACCGAGCUCCUCUCUCGCUUUGAGUUUAACUCCCUAAAAACCGUCAGUCUCCGUCUGCGCUGCAAAGUUGAAUGGGUGCUACGAGACCGUCAUUUUUUGUGCUAUCUUUAUUAACGUUUUCUUCCACUCCUCUAUGCGACCACUGCAUUCAGAUGAAAGGUACUAAACUGUGCUUUUUCUAAACUACACUUAAGGCUAUUCUGACUGACUAGGUGGAGAUAUUUAUUUGUCGGGACCUCUGAAUCAAUUUGUGGCUAUUCAGAUCAUUGAACUUUUAGUAUGUAUAUGAUAGGCUCAGUCAAUGGUUUUACGUUUUUCUCUAUGAUUUCGCUCAGUAGUUAAUUCAAGAAUAACAGUUAAAGGCAGUUGAAAUUGCGAUCAAUGACUGUCGUGACUUAUCGGGAGACAAACUAUUAGCCCAGAAAGAUUUUACUUCUCCGUGAAACAGGUGCUAAUCAUGCACUAAUACCAAAUACAUGUAGCUUCAAGAAAACAAAAAAAGAUAAUGGAAUUGGUGCUUACUGUAUAGUAGUGUGUAUCAGUGUUAGCUCCUAUCUAUUUCAUAACUCUAAACAAGCCUAUCAAUUAUGAGACCAGAGAUACCAUCCUCAACUGAUUUUUCGAGCCAUGACUUCGAAACUCUUUCGUCUUCACCUAGUUAUCAGGCCAGCCUUUGCGUUUAUGAGCUGCAUGCAAUUGUGAAGGAUCAUCCCACUGAUUAACACUUCUGGUUCGUAUUUAUUUAUUGGUUUAUUCAUUUAUUGAAUAUUUAGAGCAGCCAACAGCAAGUCGAUAAACUUCUGCGGUCCAACAGAGCAAUAAAGAAAUCUAAAGAGAAACUGUCGGAAGAAUUUUUAGAAAGAAUUAAGAACAAGAACGCGUUGAUCCAAAAACUCGAGGUUAGUAUAUGAAACAUGGAGAUCAUCCCCAUUGCUCAUCUUAAAUCAUAUGUUUUCUUCUUUAUUCCCUCUGUCAGUCCCCAGAUCAAAUGAAAACCGUCAGUGAUACUGAGUAAACUGAAAUACUAAAUCGCCCCAUGAGGUUAGGUAAUGCAGAGAUUCCAGAAUCCGGGAAAUUUUUCGGCUUGUCGGGAAUUUGGAAACCUGGGCUUUGGAAUCCGGAAUUCAGCUCAAGGAAUUCGGAAUUCCGCUAGCGAUUGGAAUCCAGAAUCCAAGUUCCACGGACUGCAAAGAAUCCGGAAUCCAAUACCUGGAGUCCGGAAUUCACAGCGUGGAAUCCAGAAUCCAAAGACUGUCUUGGAUAACCUUAUUGUCCUUACAUGGGCGAAACUAAACUUUAAUAUAGUUAUCAAGUAGGCCUAAUCAUGUUCUUUGUCGUGCUAAAUCUCAAUUCAAGUAACAUUGCCAACUUUCGAAGGGGGAAAAGGUUUUAGGAUCUUUCACUGACCAGUGGUGAUGGCCUGACGAGAACGUUCCACAUGGCGCCAAACCUAAAGAGCUGUUAGUAAAACGGCAUCCUCCCUUUGAGGAGCAAAAACGGAAGCCAUUACCAAUCGCUACUUUAGCGAAGCUCCACGCGCGCGCAAAGUGCGGACGAGCGUUGCCCCAUACUUAAGAAAAUUUGAUAAUCCAUCUAUCCGCCAAUGUUUGGUGAUCACAAGACUGUCCGUCCGUCCGUCUGCACCACAGAGAAACCAAUGUGAAAUGUCAAACUUUCAAGCUAGCGUGGGAGCCCGUAACCUGUGUUUAAUUUGAUCAUAGACAUCCAUACUAUCGUCAACUGACAGCUGUUAAAACAAGUUAUCCGCUGACCUAAGUCACAUGACCGCAUCGCCGGCUCGGGUACCAAAAUCAUUGAGGUCCCUUUUUUUUUUACCACCAGUUGCUAGCUUUUAAUUGAUCGCAGGUUGAAGUUUAUGUUUUUCAGUCAUAUGGUUCUCUCCUAAAGUUCAUAAGUAUAGAUUUGUGGAUUUCUUUGCAAUGUUUUCAAGUCCGUCGUCUGCAGUAAAUUUGAAUGGUAGCUUCGCUUUUAGCUCUGGCUAAAUCUAUAUAUUAUAUGUGCUGUGUAAGACUGACUUUGACUACACGGCGUAUUUAAUAAUUCUGAAAAUGAUAUGUAGAUUGGCUGGUUGUCGUUUUUGCAGGCACAAAUCCUGGACCUAAAAACCUUUCAGGAAAAUCAUAUACGAAUCCAUAAAGACAGUCCUGAACAAACCAACCCCUGCUUGGAGGUAAGUGUGUUAUCAGAUAUAAUUCUGAAGCUUUCUCUCUUAGAGCUUCCAAAGUAUUCUCUGCGAAGUGUUCGUUAUUUUCGUGUUAACACAUAGCACGCCACCAGAGGCUUAUCAUCUUCAGGAGUGAGAGACAAGCGUGUCCUCUCUCGUUUUUUUCUCGCGCUUCCUGUUGUUUCCUCUGAUCUUGCGCCCCUCGUACAUUUAAGCACCUGCUAAGCAGGCUACGAACGACUCCAUACAUGUUUAUAACCAUGCCAUAAAGAAACUACUUCCAGCAGGGUAGUGUCAUCUUGAUUGCUUCGAAGUUCAUUUUUCUUUUUCUUUUCUUUUCCUUGCUUUGCUUGCUUGUUGGUCGUCAGUGGUUUCCUAGUUGUUUUUAACUAAAAGUGGGUGAACACUUCACUUAGGUACACGGGCCAAGGUGCUUCGUAUGAGAGAGUUUAAAUCGAGGGAGACCAUUUUACAGUUGUGCGCUCAAAGCAGUACAUUUAGUACUCUAACCUUUAGUGAACGUGGAGCAGGGGGCAGAGCACAUUAAUAUUUCUUUGCCUUCGUUGCACCACUUCAACGUGUACAACUUCCUUAUUUCACGUUUUAUGAAGUAGUUGAACACAAGUCAACUAUUUUGUUUUUGUUUUUCUGAACUUAAGUGCAUUCUUUUAGAAUUUAACUCCAAAAAAAUCGCCAGCAUGUCAAGAACAAGAGCGAUGAAGUUUGAAAAAGCGCUAUGAUAUCGCUUUGACUUCAAGUGAGGCGUCUCCGUCGCCGUUGAGGUUGCUAAAGCCCUGUGAAAACGGACGCAACAUUGUUGGCCAGCAAUUCCCAACAUUGUUUGGAGUUGUUGCGUCCGUUUCCACGUAGCUUAAGAACGUCUGCGUUGGAGGCUAGAUCGGUUUGCACACCACUGCCGACACAGACGCAACAUUCCCAACAUCCUUGGCCCAACUAUGUUGGGAUUCAGUUGUGUCUGCUUGCACCGAGCUUAUAAAGUGAUAUCGAAAACUGCAAACUGCUGUGCAAAAUGCUAACUUUGUUUGGUUGUGUCUUGGUGCUGUAAGCUAAAUAACACCGCUGAGAUGUGGGAUAAUUCUGCCAGCGAAUCUCCUCAGGUUGAAGAUGAGCGACAAGAAACAGACCAUCAAUACAACAUGGUAACUACCGCUGACUUCUUUGUUAGUGUUCUUUUUUGAUCCCCACUACAGUGGAACCUCUAUAUAACGAAGUCCUCGGUAAAACGAACGAUUUCCUUUACCCUAGUAAUGACAAAAUAUAUGAAUAAAAAAUAACCUACAUAUAACGAAACCUGGCAGUCGGUAUAGCGAACACAUUUUGACGGUCCUUUGGCCCUUUCGUUACAUCGAGGUUCCACUGUUCUAUCAUCGCAUAUCGCUGAAAAUAUUUUUCGUUUAACUGCUUUAUCAUCACCCUUGGGGGUAUUCCCCUAUGUAAGCCAUAUAGAUAAGUGCCGCCACAUAGGGUAGGGUUUUCGCGCCGUUUCAGUCUGAAAACGAGUAUGGACUUUGCCUGUCGGCGUUGGGCUAGAAUCGGGUAUGGUUUUCGAGGGAACUACGGUAGUGUAUGAAAACGGGAAUGGAUUUUAGAGGCCAGGUCUCAAAAAGUGUAUGGAGAAUGACAUUUUUUGGUCCGAAAUAGGGUCUGGAUUUGGAUAACCGGGAGGCACAUCCCCACCAAGAAUUCCCAGGAGUACACUCCUGGGUAUCAUCAUCAUUAGUCUUGGUCGAUCUAGAAGGAAUGUAGGCCCUUCACUACUGCCUGCUCGCCAUAUGAUUCUGUUUUAGGCAGUGACUUAGCCUUAGCUUCACGUCGCGUCAUUCAUAAGUCCUCUCCGUCAAGCUCUAACAUCCUCGAUGCUAGACUUUCUCAAAGUCCUUCGCUUCUCAUUUCCGGUUCUGGCAGUAGGCCCAAGGGGAAGGGGAGUGGUAGGCCACUCUCCCACUCUCUCGUCUCUUGGCUCGCGCUUCACGGUCGAGAAAAUUUUGUAAGCUCAACUUGUGGGCAAUUCUGCCUCGGGGCCUCCAAGUUUGUCGGGGUCUAGCGCAGCCUGCAUGAAAACAGGUUUUCUUUUCUCGCGUUUUUCAGGCGAGUGAUAACAAGGACGAGGCGGACGCGGAAGGGCGUGGAGCUCCAGACACGCUCAAAGCUCGUCGGAAAAAAUAAAUGAUAAAGCCUCUUCUCAUGCUCUGUCCCACGCUUCCCCUUUAUAUUUUAAGGUUUUUUUUUUCAACCCUCAAUAUAUAAUUUAUUUAGCCUUUGAUAGUUUUGUUUCUUGAUAAUUAUCAUCGAUGUUGAUUAUCAGUAGCACUUGCUAACCGAGAUAUGUUUUAAAAUGGAGGAACUAUACGAUUACUAGGGCACUUAUCUUUUUUUAAAAGGAGAGGUUCUGGGAUUCAGAAGUACUUCUUAAAGAUAACCAACCUUGCAAAAAUUCCCCUGGGGAAAGCCCUGAGUACUGGAAUGUAAGUAACGGACUAAAACCUGUUUACAUGGAGUGGGGCACCCCGGUCUAGUGGGGUUGGUUUCUUUUGUUUUCACGCUCUAGGGGACACAAAACAAAAGAAACCUACCCCACUAGAACGGGGUCCCCCACUCCAUGUAAACAGGGUCUAAGUAGGCUAUAGCCAUACCUGUUUCAUAUACACCAGGUGAAUUCAUCCAUGAAUGCCGUACGUGCACGAUGAAAAAUAGGCAAUAGCAAAAGUGAAAAUGCACAGGUUGUAAUUAUUUCAGCUAAGGAAAACUUAAGAACUACGAGAACCAACCACAUCAUGUGUAAUUGAUCCACAUAUUAGGCAGAUUUAGUAAAUUAAAAACGGACAACGCGGAGAAAGUGCGCGGCAAGAACUGAGUGCGACUUACGGUGCUCAAUUUGCCGCUUUGCCAUUGUCAAGCCAGGCAUCAAUCUGCGUGCGCCGUCGCCACUGUCGUCGCGUUGCCUUUGCUAACUACGCCUAUUGCCUCACUUCCGGGACUUGAAACCAUGCCACACUAGUCGAAAGCCAGCGUCCUCACCACUGAGCCACCCCACCCUUGCCCCCGGCAACCCCCAGUCACUCCUCCUCCUCAUAAUUGAAAGAUCAUUUGACAAAAGAAAGAAGGAAUCGACUCUUUACAAUUGAGAAUUAAGUUUUAUUAAAUAAUGACGAUUCAGCUAUGAAGCUAUUUUAUUUUACCUUUGUUCAGCCUAGUGAUUCUGUAGCAAUGGAGAUGUGGGAUGUUUCAGACGAAGACAACACUCACGCCGUGAAAGAAGAGAAAGGACGGAAUGAAGACCGAUGUAACUUGGUAACUAAGUGAUAUCACAUUUUAUAAAUAAAGUAACUAAGAUAGUACGCGCGUUCUGAUUGGUUAAAAACCUAUGGUUUAUUGUGCCGGUAAACUCAUAGUUUUAUGAAGCCGUUGCACGUGUGAGGCGAGUCUUGCUCUCCGUUUUCAGCCUCGCUCCAGACAUUUUGUUUGACUGCUCGUGCGAACUUGCAAACGCAAAAAAACGGACUGUUUUGCAGUUUAUCAAGUCCACGCACUACUGCCUCUAGCAAACAAUGUAGACCAAGACUCCCACGAUAGGGGUUAAUUGGGCUGCCGACUGGACAGCAAACGUAACUUGAUCAGUUUUCUAAUGUCUUUUGCUGCACAGACUAGGGCCUCCAUUCCUCGAUUGGGCUUUGUCACCAGGCAGCCCAAUAAUAUAAAGAUAAUGGUGACACACACAGAGAGAGCAAAAUGUCUCAUUACUCUCUCUUGACAACACUGAAUUUAAGUCUUCUGACCUUUCCGGAAACUAACUUUCGAUUUAUUUCAAGCGUUUCGGUGGUCUAAAAAUAGCUUAGCCUGAAUUUCAGACAUUACCUUAAGUCGCUUACUCCCUAAUGUCUGAAAUUCAGGCUAAAAAUAGCUUUGGUGAAAUUCACAUAUCGCAAGGGAUAGACGGGGCGUUUCACUCUCUGUCACAUUAUCUUCUCUUGGUCGAUAAUCUAGAUAAUUUUUCAUUAUAUAUCUUCAACAAUUUUCACAAUUUCCCUAUACGUCAAAUGGUCGUCUGGCCAGCGAAGAGAUCAUGCAGGCUUUAUUUUCGUUUCGCUUGGUAAAUAAAAUUACGACGUACAAGGCGCGCGACAUGAAAAAUUGGGCCUGACCUCAGGUUACCUCUCAUCGCUCCUUGUAUUGUCGCUAACAGAUUUUCUGAUAAAUUACGCGAAACUUUUUGGAAACUCUCGAGCAACUCGUGGAAAACCCUAGAGGGGGAGCGAUGAGAGUCGGCUUUAUUCGCAGGCGGAUGGUCGCGUGAAUUUCUUUUUGCGUUCUUUUAUUCUUUCAGAACGUUGCGAAAACAUUAGAAGAAAAACACAAAGUGGAGGAAUGUAAAGUGAGUUUUUUUCCUUCAAUGUAUGAAGCUAGCAACGGAAUCCAAGCGUACAGAUCAAGCUCGUCACCUUGGAACGGAUUCCAAAAAGAGCGGACGAACACGCCCACAAACUGCCCGACAGAUCUUGAUGAACAGCAUUUAGCUAGAAAUACGACUACAAACGACACCUCUGUUAUUAAAGAUGACAACCAAAACCAAACAGCGCAGAAUAUUACUUUCAAUGAAGUGAAAGUUCAAAAGAAAAACGACGUGAAGCCAACUCUCCCUCGUAAAAAGUUAACUUGUUGGGAAAUAGCUCAAAGAAGAGUACACAUCGCUAAACUUUGCAGGAAUCGCAAUACCGGAUCCCCGAGUGAUCCCACCAACAGGGUAAGACGUCCCUACAAUGGAUUUACCCCUGGGUAUAAGACAGACUCUCAAACACCACCCCCUCAGGAAAUAAGACCCCCUCCGGGGUUCAAUUUCAUUGACAACGAGGCAGCUCUGCGUGCUGGGAUUGACUUCUUUAAACUCGAAAGCUGUCAGCCCGCAGGAAAAGCGGAUAGCUUUCCUAAUCAAUAA